UACUGACGUAUAGAGGCUAGACCUAUUGAAAAGACAGAAAACUUGUGCAGCUAUAGCAGAAAAAAUUAGCUAGAUGCUGAUGAUCUAGUUAGUUGAUGUGCAGGCUGCCAAGUAGUUCUAGCCAUGAAAUCAACAAUAUGCAAGCUGCUCCUAAUGCUGUUAUGGACAAGUUGCACAGUGACAACCAAUUUUGUCAAUGGUCAGUGCCCAACUCUUUCUAGACCUUCUGAUGGAAGUAUCUUCUACCCUGGGGGCACCAACCAGCUGGGAGCUGUGGCCACCUACAUCUGCACAGCUGGGAAUGGUAUAGAUGGUGGAGAUCAAAUAAGAGUGUGUGAUGGGACCACAUGGAGUGGUACUGCUCCAGAAUGCAAUGUUAUCAUCUGCCAGGCCCUAGUGCCCACGGACAACACACUCUUUGUCUACGUCCCUGAUUUUACCCCUCCUCAUGACUUUGGCACUGCAGUGAUCCAUAUCUGUAUGCGUGGCUACUACUUAGUGGGUCAAUUCAUUCGUCACUGCGGAGGACAUGGGUCGUCUGUGAAUGGAAACUGGGAUGGUAGUUUAUCAACUUGUCUGAGAGUAACCUGUGAUGAUCUUCCUGUCCUGUUAAACGGAUUGAUUGACUAUUCUGACUCCAACACCCCUCAUGACUUCAAUUCCACGGCAACGUACAUAUGUAACUUUGGUACUCACCGAUUAUUAGGUGGCACCACCGUCAGAUUAUGUGAGAAGUCAAAUAUCGGGCCAGGGUUCUGGAGUGGUUCUGCUCCAACUUGUGAAGCUCUCACAUGUGACUUGUUGGUCAACCCGUCAGACGGGUUAUGGGGUUACAGCUCCACUUCUUCCUUCACCGUGGGCACAGUAGCAACACUAGUUUGUAAUACUGGCUAUAUAAUUGAUGGACCGUCAAAUUCAGCCAGAUGUACUGCCACAGAAAAUGGCCAGGAUGCAUCCUGGGAUACUAAUGUGAUGGGGACUAUAUGCAGAGCUAUCAUGUGCUCAUCCUUGAGCUCAAUCAGCAAUGGAGUGGUCACUUACAGUCCCGACAAUACCGAUCCAUUUGCAUUUGGUACCAUUGCCACUUACACAUGCAAUAAUGGGUUUUACUUGCAAGGCCUCUUCUUUGCUCAAGUAUGUGGUGGGAAUCCGCUCAUUGAGGAUUGGAACGGGUCACCUCCCUCUUGCCCAGCAAUCACCUGUGAGCAGCUCAAUGCACCAACUAAUGGAUUUAUCACAUUUGCUAUCGACACCAUUGCUCCAUAUGACUACCUCACCACUGCCACCUAUGGUUGUAAUACCGCUUAUGGACUGUCAGGAGGGAACACAGUGAGAACAUGUGUCGGCUCUAGCACAGGUCCUGGGGAGUGGAAUGGAGUUGCUCCAGAUUGUGAAGUUCUGAACUGCCCUCCACUAACUGACCCUUCUAACGGACGCAUCUCCUACUCAAGUGACUCCCCAUAUAGGUAUGGUAUAGUGGCCACAUUCAAUUGUGAUUCCGGGUUUGGUCUCAAUGGAGGAACUACGAGGACUUGUGAAGGAGACGGAUCCAGCACCACUGGAGUCUGGAGUACACCUGCCAUUUCUUGUGAUGUGAUCCAGUGUGACCGUCUAGACCCACCCUUAAAUGGAGGCCUCUCUUUCUUCCCCGAUAACUUCCCACCUCAUGACUACUUUACAGUGGUCACCUACCUAUGCAAUGUGGGCUGGUACAGAGAUGGAGCACGGACCAGGCAGUGUCUGGGAAAUGGAAACACUGUGGCUGGUUUCUGGAAUGGCAAUCCUGCUAAUUGCCUCCCUGUGAUGUGUGACCCACUGACGAUCCCGACCAAUGGGCUCAUCAUCUACUCGCCUGACACCACACCCCCUUUUAAUUUUGAGACCAUUGCAAGUUAUAGAUGCAACGAUGGCUUCGGAUUGAGAAAUGGAGCUACUACGAGGAGUUGCGUAAACUCAGCAGUCAUCAGUGGCCAGUGGAGUGGUACAAAUACAGAUCCUGAGUGUGCUACUGUGUUCUGCACUCAACUUCCUUCUGUUGCCAAUGGAGACAUCACAUACAGUACUGGCCUCGCUAGCUCCUUGGAUCAUGGUACCACUGCCACCAUCACGUGCAAUGAAGGUUUCUUCCUGGAGGGCAAUAGUGAGAGGGUGUGUCAGGGAAAUGGGAUCGAUAUUGUGGGUGCUUGGAGUGGAUCACAGGCAGCUUGCUCAGCUAUCAUGUGCCCCUCCCUACCACCACUGGCUAAUGGUGGUAUUAGCUACACUGGCAGUGGCUUUGGAUAUCUGACCAUGGCCAACUAUAUGUGUGACAUUGGUUAUCGUGUAGUAGGAGACCGAUCAAGGACUUGUGUUGGCUCUAGUUCAGGAAGUGGAGAGUGGACCGGACCGGAACCAACUUGCCUACCUCUCCUGUGCUCUGGUCUGUCUGAUCCUGCUAAUGGUAUCAUCACAUACGACACUGGCACUACUGCUCCGUUCUUACAUGGAACCACUGCCACUUACAACUGCAAUACUGGAUAUGCUCUGGUAGGUAACAUGGUGAGGACUUGUGAAGGAGAUGACAGCCUCUCAGCUGGAAUCUGGAGUGGUAGUGAUGUCACCUGUGUGGCAAUCACCUGCUCUACCCUAAGCUCAAUAGCCGAUGGUGCCAUAUCGUACAAUCAAGGAACGGUCCCAUACCCAUAUGGUACUACUGCCACAUACUCUUGCAAUCCGGGAUUCUACCUCCAGGGAGACUCUAGUAGAGUGUGUGAAGGUUCCAGUGUAUCGGGAACUUGGAGAGGAUUGGCUCCAAUGUGCAUACCUGUAACCUGCUCCAGUUUGACUGCUCUCACCAAUGGGGACAUCAGUUACGCAGCUGAUACUUCUGCACCGUUUGACUUUGAGACUAUUGCCACAUACCGCUGUAACAAUGGGUUUGGUCUGAGUGGUGGAGAUAGAGUCAGGACGUGUAUGCUUUCUCCUCUUGGGGGUGGAUUCUGGUCUGGAGUUGCCCCAGCUUGUAAUGUGAUCAUUUGUCCUGCUCUGGCUGACGUGAGCAACAGUGAACUGUCGUAUGACUCCUCUGGUGAGUUUGUACAUAGCACAGUGGCAUCAUUCGUGUGUCUGGAUGGCUACUACUUGGUUGGAAGUGGAACCAGAACAUGCACUGGGAAUGGGUUAACCAUAACUGGAACGUGGACUGGAAGCAAUCCAAGUUGUGAAGCAAUUGAAUGCUCUAGUUUAACUUCUCCUGCAAACGGAAUCAUCACCUACUCACUUGACACUUUGGUUCCAUUUGACUUUGGUACCACAGCCACUUAUGUGUGUGAUCCAGGGUUUGGGCUGUCCAGUGGAAAUCGACAAAGAAAUUGUGGUGGAUCUAAUCGACUGGGAGAGUGGAGUGGAACUUCGCCAAUUUGUGAACCUAUCCAGUGUGCCAAUAUUCUCGUUAUUCCUAAUGGUAUCAUCACCUAUGGACCUGACCAAGUACCUAACUAUGACUACAACACUGUGGCUCAAUACUCUUGUGAUACUGGGUACUACUUGCAAGGCAAUGAUGCACGAUCAUGCGGUGGCAAUGGACUGAGUACAGUAGGAGUAUGGAGUGAUAGGGAUCCCAGCUGCGUAGCUGUUACAUGCUCUACGUUAGUGACUCCUGGUAACGGGGUCAUAAGUUACUCCACCUGUCCUCCCUUUAAUUUCCGAACUACUGCUAGCUAUAGUUGUCAUACUGGCUUUGGACUGUCUGAUGGAGUCAGGCUGAGAACAUGUGGCAGCUCUAGCUCAGGUCCCGGGGAAUGGAGUGGAUCUGGUCCAACAUGUGAAGCACUGACAUGUACCAGUCUCCCUGCCCCACAAAAUGGUGGAAUAUUCUUCACUACCGACACUACCUCUCCUCAUGACUACAAUACUGUGGCCACUUACACCUGUAAUGCUGGGUUUGGGCUCACUGGAGGACACCCGGCCAGGACUUGUGGGGGAGAUGACUCCAGCAUCCGUGGGGUGUGGAGUGGAACUGCCCCAGUCUGCAAUUCCAUCACUUGCAUAGCUCUUAAUUCGAUCGAUAAUGGAAUGAUCAGUUACAGUCCUGACAUCACUGCUCCGUUUGACUUUGGAACAGCUGCUGUAUACACAUGUAACACUGGAUUCUUUCUUGAGGGUAACAUGAUGAGAUCGUGUGGUGGGAGUGAGGCCAGUAUUGUUGGGAACUGGGAUGGAACCGAUCCACGCUGUUCAGACAUCACUUGUUCAAGAUUGACUGAUCCCUCUAAUGGAGUCAUCACCUACACCACUGACACCACUGCUCCGUUUGACUACCAAACUACUGCCACCUAUAGCUGUGACAAUGGUUUUAGACUGUCUGCUGUUGGAAACACUAUUAGAAAUUGUGUUGGGUCAAAUGCUGGUCCUGGAGAAUGGAGUGGAGCUGCUCCGAUUUGUGAAGCUCUAAUGUGCUCUCCCCUGCCUGAGCCGACCAAUGGUGCCAUUCGUUACGUCACAUUAGAAUCUGACUCCCCUCCCUAUGAGCUGGGCACUAUAGCUGAAUACACAUGUGACAUUGGCUAUGGGUUCCCAGUCAGUGGAGUAGUACCAGUGUCGGCCAUCUGUCAGAGUGAUGCUCAGAGUCUCAAUGGAGAGUGGGUCGGUGCUCAGUUAACUUGCUCACCCAUUCAGUGCACCCAGACUGAUCUCCUUAUCAGCAAUGUGCUUAUAUCCAUUUCUCCGGAUGCCACUUCACCAUAUGAUUAUAACAGUGUGGCAAUGUACACCUGCAACGAAGGUUAUUAUCUGAUUGGUGGCAUGACUAGGACCUGCUUGGGAGAUGGGCUUAGUACUAAUGGAUUCACUAACAGUGGUCUAUGGAGUGGAAGCAUACCUUUCUGUGGAACUGUGACUUGUCCGAGUUUGUCAAGUCCGAGCAAUGGCCAGAUUGGCUACCAAGGUGACACUACAGCUCCCUUUAACUACCAAACCACUGUCACGUACUCUUGUAACAAUGGCUAUGGACUGUUUGGUGGAGAUAGAGUGAGAACAUGUGUCAGCUCAAGUGCAGGUCCUGGAGAAUGGAGUGGAAGUGCUCCAACUUGUGAAGGUAUUGUUUGUGAUGCACUAACUUCUCCGGAUAAUUUUGGAAAAGUUUCCUACUCUCCGGACACGAUUGAACCAUAUGAUGUUGGGACUGUGGCCACUUACUCUUGCAAUAUCAACUUUGGGUAUGGGCUUACUGGAUCAAGUACUAGAACUUGUGUGGAUGGAGAUAGAUUGACCAUUGUGGGAGUGUGGAAUGGAGUCUCUCCAACCUGCGACUAUAUUGUAUGCCCUGAUCUCUCUGAACUAACCAACGGAGUGAUUACAUUCCAGUAUCCUGCUCUAGCGACCUCCCUAGUUUUCGAAACACAAGCAUUCCACUCUUGUAACAAUGGUUACUAUCUCCAAGGAUCUGCUAUCAGAAACUGCACCAGUGACGGGGCAACUAGUGUUGGGGUCUGGGAUAGAAACGAGCCAAGCUGUCUAGAUAUCACUUGUACAAGCUUGACUGUACCAACUAAUGGGUUCAUAACAUACGUAUCUGACACAACAUCUCCUUUUGACUAUCAAACCACUGCCACCUACGGUUGUGAUGCUGGCUUUGAACUCUCUGGUGGAGACAGAGUGAGAAAUUGUAUUGGCUCCAGUUUAGGUCCUGGAGAAUGGAGAGGAAUUGCUCCCAUUUGUGAAGGUGUCAUGUGCACCUCUUUGCCUGCUCCUGAUAAUGGCGAGAUCCAAUAUUCUCCCGAUACCACUGCUCCUUUUGAUUAUGAGACUACAGCAACUUACAGCUGCAAUGAUGGGUUUGGGCCAGUGGGAGUAACUGAGAGACUCUGUGGAGGAGAUGACCCUAAUGCCGGGGAAUGGUCUGGUAAUGGAGCCACCUGUGACGAUGUGGUAUGCUCGUCUCUGGAUGCAAUCAACAAUGGACGAAUAGAGUACAGUAUGGGAGGGAGUCCAUACGGGUAUGGAACGACAGCCAGUUACUUUUGCAAUGAAGGGUUCUUCUUGGAGGGCAAUGAAAUGAGAACUUGCGGGGGAGAUGUUACAAUCGGAUCUUGGGAUGGCACAAAUCCAGUUUGUUCAGACAUCAUGUGUCCAAUUCUACCCCCACUGACGAACGGCAUAAUAGAAUACAGUGAAUCAGUAACUUCACUGGGAUUCAUGGCCACUGCCACCUACAACUGUAACACAGGUUAUGCACUGUCCGGUGGAGAUAGUGUGAGUACUUGUGGUGCCUCUAGCUCAGGUGCUGGGGAAUGGACUGGAAUCCCUCCAACCUGUGAACUGAUUAUGUGCUCAGCAUUGCCAUCCGUUACUAACGGAGAGAUUUUCUACUCCACUGACGUUACUGCACCUCACGACUAUGGUACUGAUGCUACAACUAUGUGUAACCCUGGUUUUGGGCUAAGGGUAGGAGGAACAAGGUCUUGCUAUGGAGAUGGGUCCAGUACCACUGGAUACUGGCUUGGGACACCAUCAUUAUGUGAUCCUAUUAAAUGUUCUCAACUGGAUCCAAUAUCAAAUGGGAUAAUCUCGUAUAAUCCAGACAGUGUUGUUGGUUCCUAUGACCUGGCUACGAUAGCUACACACUCCUGCAAUGAAGGGUUCUAUCUAUCUGGAGCCAUUACUAGAGAGUGUACAGGAGACAUUUCCUCUUCAUUUGGAAGCUGGAAUGGGAGGAGUGCACCAACUUGCAUGGCUAUUGAAUGUCCCAGACUGACAGCUCCAACUAAUGGAUUUGUUGACUACACUCCAACCUCUGACACUUUUCCAUUCGACUAUCUCACCACGGGCACAUUCCGAUGCAGAUUUGGAUACCGACUGGCUGGUGGGAACACUGUUAGGACUUGUGUUGGUUCCAGUUCUGGACCUGGAGAAUGGACUGGAACAGAUCCUAUCUGUGAAGCGCUAAUGUGUCCGCAAUUGUCCAACCCUGCUAACGGCCUAGUGAGGUUCUCCACAUUAGAGAUGGACUUCCCUCCGUUUGAGCUGGGUACAACAGCCACCUACGUGUGUAACUCUGGUUUUGGCCUAACUCCCAGUGGGGUGGACCCCAUUAGGCUGUGUGAGAGCGAUGAUGACAGUCUCAAUGGAGUGUGGACUGGACAGGAACUCUUCUGUUCAGCUGUCCUGUGUGAUGCACUGAGUCCACCAGCUAAUGCAAUCUUGAUCUAUGGACCUGACACUGCUGAACCGUAUGAUUUCGGCACUGUUGCUACACAUGAGUGCAUUGAUGGGUUUGAUCUGGUGGGAGAUGCAAUGAGAACAUGUGUCAUUGAUAGAUCUGGUACCAUUACUGGCAUAUGGAACAACCCUGCACCUGUAUGCUCUCCUAUCGACUGCACUGCCCUGUCUGUUCCUGAUAAUGGACUUAUUUCAUACUCUCCUGACACCACCCCUCCCUUUGAUUACCUCACCACUGCCACCUAUGACUGCAAUACUGGGUUUGCACUCUCUGGUAGCAUUCCUCGUACCCUGGCUGUCUGUGAAGAUUUGAAUGGCGGAGAGUGGGUUGGAGGCAGAUAUACCUGUGAACCCAUCAUGUGCAGUGGUCUUCCAACUCCUAAUAAUGGAGUACUCGUCUACAACACUGACACCACCUUACCAUAUGAUUUUGGGACUGUGGCCACCUAUCAGUGCAACUCGGGCUAUGGUCUGAUUGUUGCUACUAAUACCAGAACUUGUAAUGGUGACAGCUCGUCAACUGUAGGAGUCUGGAAUGGAGUGGAUCCUGGCUGCGACCGCAUCACGUGCUCCGUUCUGCCUUUAAUCAGCAAUGGAGUGAUUUCUUACAGUGCUGCUACCACCGCUUCAUAUGACUUCACCACAACUGCCACUUACUCCUGCAAUGACGGCUUCUUCCUUCAAGGCUCUGAUCGUAGGGAGUGCACAGGAGAUUCAGCUGAUACUGUUGGCGAAUGGAGUGGCAGUGCACCAGUUUGCUCGGCCAUAACAUGCUCAAGUCUAACUCCACCCAUUAAUGGAAUGAUCACUUAUGCAUCUGAUACUACUGCUCCAUUUGACUACCAAACCACUGCCACCUACUCCUGUGAUAGUGGAUUGGGAUUGACUAGUGGAGACGUUGUGAGGAUUUGUGUUUUUUCGCGAACUAGCUCAAUAGGUGGAGACUGGAGUGGAACUGCUCCAACCUGUGAAGCUAUCACAUGUUCACCGCUUACGUCUAUUGUAAAUGGACGCAUCAACUACUUCACGGACACAACUCCUCCACUUGACUUUAAUACUGUGGCUUCACACUUGUGCAAUACUGGGUAUGGGAUAGAAGGAGAUGUAGACCGGAUUUGUAGUGGUGAUGGCUCCAGUCCUGUAGGAGUAUGGUCCAGCACUACUACGACUUGUGGUGUUGUCAUGUGUCCUACACUUGAUACUCUCGACAAUGGUGUCAUCACUAUCAUCCCUCCUCCCGGUACCACUACCAGUGACUAUGGCUCGUUGGCCAAUCAUGCUUGUGACACUGGUUACUAUCUCAGCGGGAAUCAGCAAAGGAAUUGCAUUGGAGGAGGACCCGAUGGGGUGGUGGGAAUCUGGGAUGGAGCUCCGCCCUCCUGCGAAUUGAUAGAGUGCUCCCAGCUAAAUGCUCCAGACAAUGGAUUCACAAUAUUCUCUCUGGGUACUGCUGCACCAUAUAGCUUCACCACCACUGUCACCUACAGCUGUGCUAAUGGUUUUGGACUGUCCGGUGGAAACAGAAUACGAACAUGUCUCAGCUCAAGUGCAGGUCCUGGAGAAUGGAGUGGAACUGCUCCAACUUGUGAAGCUCUAAUUUGUAAUUCUCUGCCUACUCCUGAUAAUGGAAGAAUCAUCUACUCUAUUGACUCUACUUCACUGUAUGAGUUUGGCACUGUGGCCACCUAUGUUUGUGACUCUGGAUUUGGGCUGAGUGGGGGUGUGAUCAGCAGUACAUGUGGUGGAGAUGACUCAGAUUCUGUAGGAACUUGGAGUGGAACUGCUCCAUCUUGCCUCCCUAUCACCUGUACGUCCCUCAGUUCCAUCAGCAAUGGAUUUCUUGCAUACGGUCCUGAUAGCACUAAUCCAUUCAACUUUGGAACUAUUGCCUCAUACACCUGUGAUGAGGGAUUUUACUUAACUAGUGGUAGUGACGUCAGGACUUGUGGUGGUGAUGGUCUAAACACAAUUGGAUCAUGGAAUGGAGCUGCUCCUGUUUGCCUAGCUAUUACUUGCACCAGUCUAAGUGCUCCUUCCAAUGGUGACAUUGUGUUUGCUACUGACACAACUGAACCAUUCAACUACCAAACCACAGCUGCGUAUAGUUGCAACACAGGAUAUAAACUUUUGUUAACAGUUGGAGACAGAGUGAGAAUUUGUGUAGGCUCAAAUGCAGGUCCUGGAGAAUGGAGUGGAGAAACUCCGACUUGUGAAGUUAUCACAUGCUCUGGUCUGGCUCCUCCUACUAAUGGCGUGAUCAGUUACAUCAACCCCAUCGCCCCACAUGUUUUCGGCACAGUUGCCAACUACGCUUGCAAUGUCGGAUAUGGAUUGGUUGGGAAUGUGGAGAGGACUUGUGGCGGACUCAUUGGGGUGUGGGACGGAAGCAAUCCUACAUGUGUUGCCAUCACCUGCACAUCUCUGAGCCCCAUCAGCAAUGGAAUGAUCAGCUAUAGUCGUGGCACCACUAACCCUUUUGACUUCGGUACUAUUGCUACUUUUGUGUGUGACGAUGGAUUCUUUCUGGAUGGAUCAAUGACCAGUACUUGUGGUGGAACUGCAUCUAUUGGCUUAUGGAAUGAAUCUAGUCCAAUCUGCUCAGCUAUUUUGUGUCCAACUUUGUUGAACCCUGUCAAUGGAUUCAUCGAAUUUUCUGAGAGUACAGCAGAUUUGUUUAAUUACCAAACUGCUGCCACUUAUGUGUGUAACACUGGUUUUGGAUUGUCUGGUGGAGACAGAGUGAGGACAUGUAUUGGCUCGCUCGGUGGGCCUGGAGAAUGGAGUGGAACUGUCCCAAUUUGUGAAGGUGUUGUUUGCACUGCACUAACUGUUCCGGAUAAUUUUGGACGAGUUUCCUACUCUUUGGACACGAGUGAACCAUAUGAUGUUGGGACUGUGGCCACUUACUCUUGCAAUACCGACUUUGGGUAUGGGCUUACUGGAUCAAGUACUAGAGCUUGUGUGGAUGGAGAUGGGUUAACAAAUGUUGGAAUGUGGAACGAAGACGCUCCAACUUGUGACUAUAUUUUAUGCCCUAAUCUCCUUGGACUUGCAAAUGGAGCAAUCACAUUCCAGUAUCCUGCUCUGGCCACCAUCCCCAUUUUUGGAACACAAGUCUUUCACUCUUGUAACGACGGUUACUACCUUCAGGGAUCUGCUAUCAGAAACUGCAUCAGUGACGGGGCAACUAGUGUUGGGGUCUGGGAUAGAAACGAGCCAAGCUGUCUAGAGGUUAUUUGUUCCAGUUUGGCAAUCCCAACCAAUGGAUUCAUUACCUACACUCCUGACACCACUUCUCCAUUUAGUUUUCAAACUGCUGCCACCUAUGGCUGUGAUAUUGGUUAUGGACUAUCUGGUGGAGACAGAAUGAGAACUUGUGUCGGCUCUAGCUCAGGUCCUGGAGAAUGGAGUGGAACAGCUCCAAUUUGUGAAGCAACUACAUGUGCUGACCUUGUGGACAUUGACAAUGGCUAUGUGGCCUACGCUUCCGGAGCAGCCACUCCGCGACCAUUUGGAGAUGUGGCGUCUUACGUUUGUGAUACUGGCUACUCACCUAGUCACACCAUAUCAAGGGUGUGUAGUGGUGAUGGACUGAGUCCUGUUGGAGUGUGGAGCGGAACUGUGGCCACGUGCAGUAUUAUUCAGUGCCCUGUGCUGGACUCCAUUAGCAACGGAGACGUCACUAUCACCCCAGCAGCUGGUUCUUCCAGCUCCUUGGACUAUGGAGCAGUUGCAAGGCACUCCUGUAUGAAUGGGUAUUAUUUGGAUGGUAAUGUGAUUAGAACAUGUACUGGAGAUGGAACUACAAUGCUUGGAUUAUGGGACGGAUUGGAACCUAGAUGUCGAGCAAUCGAGUGUCCUGUCCUGGCUUCCCCAGCCAAUGGUUUCAUAUCAUUUGAUCUCGAUAUAACCGCUCCGUAUAGUUUCCUUACUACGGUCACUUAUGGCUGCAAUCCCGGCUUUGGGCUCACUGGUGGGGACAGAACCAGACAGUGUAGUAGCUCCUCUGCAGGCCCUGGAGUGUGGAUUGGAACCGCUCCUAUCUGUCAAGCUAUCAAUUGUGUCUCACUGCCAUCACUAACAAAUGGGAUGAUUGUUUACAGUCCUGACCUUAGUGAACCAUUUAGUUACGGAACAUUGGCCACAUUCUCUUGUAAUGAUGGCUUCCAGCUGGAUGGCAGCAAUCUCAGAACUUGUACAGGAGAUGAUUCUGUCACCAUAGGAUCAUGGGGUGACCCUUCUCCUACUUGUAUUGCCGUCUUCUGCUCACUGCUGCCUGAUCCUGCUAAUGGAGCCAUCACCUAUGGAUCAGACACUACUGCUCCGUUUGAUUACCUCACCAUGGCUACUUACAGCUGUGACUCAGGGUAUGGACUAGGUGUGGCUCCGAUGGGUUUCAUGAGGACAUGUGGCACAAUAGGAGAAUGGACUGGGUCUGAUGUGACCUGCGACCUUGUCAUGUGUUCUGAUCUACCUGCUCCUGACAAUGGACGUAUUGUCUACUCCACUGGCGUCACCUCACCAUAUGACUUCAACACUGUGGCCACCUAUGUCUGUGACACUGGGUUUGGGCUAACUGGAGCUAGCACUAGAACUUGUGAGGAUGGAGAUGGACUGACAAAUGCUGGAGUCUGGAAUGGAGUUGCUCCAUUUUGUGAACGCAUUACCUGUUCUACUCUGACUAUGAUUAACAAUGGAGUGAUAACAUACGACCCAGCUGGUUCUGUUGCGUUUUCAUUUGGAACAUCUGCCACCCACACUUGCUCUGAAGAGUUCUUCUUGGAAGGAAAUGCAGUGAGAAUAUGUUCUGGUGAUGGACUGAGUGUGACUGGAUCAUGGGAUGGCAUCGCUCCUAUUUGCUCAGAUAUCAUGUGUGAUCCUCUCCCCAACCCAAUGAAUGGAUUCAUAACAUUUACUGAGGAUACCACUUCCCUUGGGUUCAUGGCCACAGCCACCUAUGGUUGUGACAUGGGGUUCGGACUAUUAGGUGGAGACAGAGUGAGCACUUGUGGCAGCUCGAGCUCCGGUCCUGGAGAAUGGAGUGGAACUGCCCCAGCUUGUGAACCUAUUGUGUGUUCUGAUCUCCCUGCUCCUGACAAUGGACGUAUUACCUACUCCACUGAUACAACCUCACCUUACGACUUUGGUACUGUGGCUACGUAUGUGUGUAACACUAGGUUUGGACUAGUUGGAGGUGGUAGUAGGUUGUGUGCCGGUGAUGAUACCAGUCCUAGUGGAAGUUGGAGUGAGACUGCUCCAACCUGCGAAGCCAUCACUUGUCCGUCUUUGAGUCCGGGGAGUGCUCAGAUGAUCAGUUACACUCCUGACACAACUGCUCCAUUUUCUCAUGGAACCACUGCGUCUUUCUUCUGCGCUGAUGGAUCCUAUUUGGAUGGAGUACAAACUAGAUUGUGCAGUGGAGAUGGGACUAGUACUAGUGGAUUGUGGAGUGGAAUCAUGCCAACUUGCCGAGAUAUUACUUGUUCGAGCUUACUUGUUCUAGCCAAUGGAAUCAUCACUUACACAACUGACACCACUGCUCCGUUUGAUGAUCAAACCACUGCUACCUACAGUUGUAACUUUGGGUUUAGACUGUCUACAGUCGGUAGCAAUGUUAGAACUUGUGUAAGGACAAAUGCUGGUCCUGGAGAAUGGACUGGAGCUGCUCCGUUUUGUGAACCUCUCACAUGUUCUUUACUAACGACACCCGACAAUGGAGUGAUCAUGUACAGUGCAAUCAGUGCACCAACUUUUGAGUUGAGCACCACUGCCUCUUACUCCUGCAACACUGGGUAUGGACUUAAUGGGUCACAAGUCACCAGAACGUGUGAAGCUGAUGCUAUGAGUCUAUCUGCUUCGUGGAGUGGAGAAGCACUAUCCUGCUCAGCCAUUACCUGUUCGACACUAAAUUCAAUUAGUAAUGGAGGAAUCGUGUACGUCAGUGACACCACUGAUCCAUUUGACUUCAACACUGAUGCCAUUUAUUCCUGUGAAAUCGGCUACUACCUUGUGGGCAAUGGUGUGAGGAUGUGUGGUAGAGGUGGUCUCGGUCUUCAAGGAGCAUGGAGCGGAAGUGCUCCAUCUUGUGAACCUAUCACUUGUACCAGCUUGAAUGCUCCGGACAAUGGAUUCAUCACGUAUGCACCUGACACCAGUGAACCAUUUGAGUUUCGAACCACAGCCAGGUAUGGUUGUAACAAUGGUUUUGGACUGUCUCGUGGAGACACUGUGAGAACUUGUGGAGCUGCCAAUCAGGGAGGGGAGCAGUGGAGUGGAACUGCUCCAACUUGUGAACCUGUCAUGUGUUCUGAUCUCCCUACUCCUGAUAAUGGACGUAUUGUCUACUCCACUGGCGUCACCUCACCAUACGACUUUGGCACUGUGGCCACCUAUGUAUGUGACACUGGGUUUGGACUGAGAGGAGGUGACAACACAAGGUCUUGUGGGGGUGGUGGACCUACCACUAGUGGGUCAUGGACUGGGAGAGCUCCCACUUGUGAAGUGAUUUCCUGUACCAGCUUGAACACUAUAAGCAAUGGAAUGGUAGCUUACAGCCCUGACUCCCUUGACUUUGGCACAACAGCCACUUACACAUGUCUUGAGGGCUAUUUCCUUGAGGGAACCUCGACUAGGACUUGCAUCGGAGAUGGCUCUGGCAGUAGCGGCAAUUGGAAUGGUGUGGCUCCUGUCUGCUCAGAAAUUGUUUGCACCAACCUACCCUCACUGACUAAUGGAGUCAUAACUUUUGCCACUGACAUCACUUCUCCAUUCGAGUAUCAAACCACUGCCACCUAUGGCUGUGAUACUGGUUAUGGACUAUUCGGUGGAGACAGAAUGAGAACUUGUGUCGGCUCCAGUUCAGGUCCUGGAGAAUGGAGUGGAACAGCUCCAACUUGUGAAGCCAUCACUUGUAUGGAUCUUUCUGCUCCUACUAAUGGGAGCAUUGACUACUCUCCUGAAACCACUUCACCCUAUGGAUUUGGAACGACUGCUAUGUAUGUCUGUGACAGUGGAUUUGGAGUGAGUGUUCUGGAACCAAACAUUUGCAGUGGUGAUGAUUCCAGUGCCAUUGGAGUUUGGAGUGGAACCACACCAACUUGCACUGUAAUAAUUUGUGAAUUCCUGAGGCCUAUCAACAAUGGGUCGCUAUUCUACAGUACACCUGCUCCCUACGAGUUUAAUACAACGGUAAUUUACUCAUGUGAUGAGGGAUUCUUUCUGGAGGGAGAUAUGACAAAAAUGUGCAUGGGAGAUGGGCGGAGUGUGACUGGAUUAUGGAGUGAAGGAACACCAGUAUGCUCUGGAAUUAGCUGUCCAAUGCUUCAAUCACCCACCAAUGGAUUCAUCACAUUCACUGAGAGCUCAGCCAGUGCCUCUACACAAUUCAAGACUACUGCCACAUACGGUUGUGAGCCCGGGUUUGGAGUGGCUAGCGGUGACGUUACUAGGACCUGCCAAGAGUCGGCUACACCUGGAAUUGGAGGAUGGAGCGGUACAGAUGCAACAUGUGAAGCUAUUGUAUGCUCCGAUCUUCUUGCUCCUGACAAUGGACGUGUUUCCUACUCUACCGGCACAACUGUACCAUAUGACUUUGGGACUGCAGCUACUUACACAUGUGACUCUGGGUUUGGGCUAGUUGGAGGAGCAACUCGAUCCUGCAGUGGUAACAGUUCAACAGUGGACGGUACCUGGACAGGAACCGUACCAACUUGUGAAGCUAUUCUGUGUACAUCACUCGCACCAGACAUAAAUGGAGUCAUCAUAUUCGCUCCUGAUAACACCGAACCAUUCGACUUUCAAACUACUGCCACCUACGGCUGCAAUGAAGGUUUCUUCUUACUGGGAAAUGCCAAUUAUGACACACGAUGGUGUGAUGGAGAUGGUUUAAGUACUAGUGGAGUGUGGAACAGUACAGCACCCUCUUGCUCAGGCGUGGAGUGCAGAAGCUUGCCUGCACCAACUAAUGGAGUCAUCACCUAUGCUGCUGAUACCACUUCUCCAUUCAACUACCAAACCACUGCUUCCUACUCUUGUGACGCUGGCUUUGGACUAUCUGGUGGAAACAGAGUGCGAACUUGUGUCAGCUCUAGUUCGGGUCCUGGAGAAUGGAGUGGAAUUGCUCCAACUUGUGAAGCCCUCAUGUGUUUUGAUCUUCCUGCUCCUGGCAAUGGAAGUAUUAUCUACUCCACUGGCAUAACGACAUUUUAUGACUUUGGGACCACUGCUACUUAUAUGUGCGAUACUGGAUUCGGUAUUAGCGGAGGUAAUGUGCUGAGGAUUUGCAGAGGUAGUGGUUUGUCUCCCAAUGGCACAUGGACUGGGACAGCUCCAAUCUGUGAUGCUGUGACCUGCCCUCCACUGAACUCCAUCAGUAAUGGUAGCAUUGCGUACAGUCCAGACUCUCCUCAGCGCUUCACCUUUGACACUGUUGCUGCUCAUUCAUGUAAUGAGGGCUACUAUCUGGUUGGGAGAGGUAUAAGAACUUGUGUGGGAGAUGGUUCUACUAUUCUUGGGCAAUGGAGUGGUGUGCCUCCAAUGUGCACAGAAAUUGUUUGCUCUGGCUUAGCACUCCCUGUGAAUGGAAUCAUUGUGUAUGCUACUGACACCACUCAACCGUUUGACUAUCAAACUGCUGCAACUUAUAUCUGUACUACCGGCUAUGGAUUGUCUGGUGGAGAUAGAGUGAGAAUGUGUGUUGGGUCUAGUCAAGGUCCUGGUGAAUGGAGAGGAACUGCUCCAUCUUGUCAAGCUAUCACAUGCUCUGCACUAUCUGUUCCAUUCAAUGGAGCAAUUGACUUCACUACUGGCACGGCUAUUUCAUAUGAGUUUGAGACUAGGGCCACCUACUCUUGUGCUUUGGGGUACGAUGUGGUGCAGGGAAAUGAGACCAGAACAUGUGAUGGUGACGGCUCCACUGCUGUGGGAAUGUGGAGUGGACAGAUACCGUCAUGUGGAGCUGUGAUAUGUGCUAGUCUACCUCCUCUUACUAAUGGACAGAUAUUGUACUUUGACUCCACCGCACCCUACAACCACGGCACUGUGGCCACCUACAUCUGCAACACUGGGUUUGGUAUUGCAAGAGGCGAUGUGAAUACAGUGUGUAGUGAUGAUGACAAUGAAGCCAUGGGACGGUGGACCAGAAUUCCGCCCACUUGUGAACGUAAGCAAUGUAACGCUAAUUUGGUCAUCACAUGUGAAAAUCUACCUGCCCCUGACAACGGACAAAUAUCGUUCUCUAUAAAUAGUACUUCUCGAUAUGAUUUUGGCACUGUGGCCACCUAUAGCUGUGAGCUUGGGUUUGGGCUCAGUGGAGGAGACAUGAGCAGAACAUGUGGUGGAGUGGGGUCAGUCACACAGGGAACAUGGAGCGGUGCAGCAACUACCUGUGAACCUAUUAUUUGUUCAUCACUGCCAAUAAUCAACAAUGGAGUAAUCAGAUACAGUCCUGAUACUACUGGUGCAUUUAACUAUGCUACAGUUGCUACUUAUAUCUGCAAUGAAGGAUUCUUUCUAGACGGAGUGGAGAACAGGACUUGUGGUGGAGAUGGCUCCAGUACAACCGGUGGAUGGACUGAAACUGCUCCUGUUUGCUCAGGUAUCUUGUGUCCCACCCUCGACAACCCCGAUAAUGGAUUCAUCACGUUUACCGAGGGGUCCACUAGCUUAGUUCAGUUCAUGACUAAUGCCACCUACGAAUGCAAUGCUGGCUUUGGACUGUCUGAUGGAGACAGAUUGAGAACUUGUGUCGGAUCUACCUCAGGUCCUGGAGUAUGGAGUGGAGCUAAUCUAACGUGUGAAGCUCUUAUGUGCACUAGUCUCCCUGCUCCGGACAAUGGGGUAAUCAUUUACUCUACUGACAUCACCUCACCAUUUGACUUCGGCACUGUGGCCACCUAUGUUUGUAAUACUGGAUUUGGACUGAUUGGGGAGGAGGCUACUCAAUUAUGUGAUGGUGAUGACUCAAGUCCCAACGGAGUGUGGAGUGGGCGAUCUCCAAUGUGUGAUGUUGUUACUUGCCCCAUUCUGGAUGAGAUGGAUGAUGGAGUCAUCGUCUACAGUAGUGUUGCCACGUCCACUCUAAUGUUUGGCACAAUUGCCACCCAUUCCUGCAAUAAUGGGUUUUAUCUCUAUGGGAACGAUACUCGCAUGUGUAGUGAGAGCGGAACCAGUAUAUUUGGUACAUGGGAUACGACUGCUCCAAUUUGUAUAGAAAUCGUAUGUUCUGAUUUGACUGAUCCCUAUAAUGGAGUCAUCACUUACACCACUGACACUAUUGCUCCCUUUGACUACCAAACCUCUGCCACCUACUCCUGUGAUGGUGGUUUCGGACUUUUGGGGGGUGAUCUACUAAGAAGUUGUGUAGGCUCUAGCUCAGGUCCUGGAGAAUGGAGCGGAACUGCUCCAAUUUGUGAAGCUCUUACAUGUCCUGGUCUCUCUACUCCCGACAAUGGAAGAAUUGUUUACUCAACUGCUGUGAGCCUAUUCUAUGAAUAUCAAACUUCUGCUACCUACUUCUGUGAUGUCGGAUUUGGUAUUAGUGAAGGGACUAUAAUCAGAACUUGUGGUGGUGAUGGUUCAACUCCCAAUGGAACAUGGACCGGGGCCAAUGCAAUGUGUGGAGAAAUCUUCUGCCUAAUGCUGCCUCCGCUCGAGAGUGGACAGAUUGACUACAGUCCAGACAUGACUGAUCCGUUUGAGUUCAACUCUAGAGCUUCUCAUGUUUGUGAAGAAGGCUACUUUCUGGAGGGUAACCAAGUAAGAAGCUGCUCUGGGGAUGGAUUGAGCACCAUUGGGAACUGGAAUGGCGAGACACCGAUAUGCACAGAAAUUGUCUGUCAAAGUCUGCAAAAACCAACCAGCGGAUACAUUGAGUACAUCUCCAGCUCUAGUGAUCCAUACCCUUAUCUCAGUGUGGCCAGUUAUCGGUGCAAUCCUGGUUUUGGACGCUUUGGUGGGAAUAGAUUCAGGACAUGUGUUGGUUCUAGUACAGGCCCAGUAUGGAAUGGAACUACUCCAUCUUGUGAAGCUUAUGUCUGCCCUGACCUCUCUAUUGACAAUGGUCGGAUAUCAUUCUCCCUGAUGAGAGUGUCUCUUGUGGAGUUAGUUAGAAAAGCCACUUACUCUUGUGAGCCAGGGUUUGAACCGGUUGAUGGCAAUGAGACGAGAUUGUGUUUGGGUGAUGAAUCAAGCCCUAGAGCAAAUUGGACUGGAACACCUCCGACUUGUGAAGCAAUUGCCUGUUCUAACCUGCCUCCUCCUACCAAUGGAAUCAUUACCUUCUCUGUUGGCGCUUCUACACCAUUACCCUACCUCAGCACGGCCACCUAUGGCUGCAACAUUGGAUAUGGACUGCUUGGAGGGGAUACUACGAGGAGCUGUGUGCAGUCCGGUGAUGGUGGUGGGGAGUGGAACGGAACAGCUCCAGUUUGUGAUGAUCACAUUUGUUCUGAUCCUCCAAUGUUCACGAAUGGACAAAUUGUCUUCACAAGCAAUGCCAUCUCUCCGUUUGAUUUUGGCACUAUCGCCACAUACAUCUGUGACCUUGGAUUCUCUUUAAAUGGGAAUGGGACCAGGACAUGUACUGGUGAUGAUUCCAGUCCAAUUGGAAUGUGGACUGGGGAUAACCCAACUUGCAUAUCUAUCACAUGCUCCAUUAUCACGGCCCUGACCAAUGGAGCAACAGUCUACGAUCCGAACACCAUAGAGCCAUUUGCAUAUGGCACCACGGUCACCCACAGCUGUCAAGAAGGUUUCUUCCUGAGAGGUAACAUGACUAGGAGCUGCAGUGGGGAUGGCUCAUCACCAGCUGGAGUGUGGGAUGGAACUCAAGCCUCUUGUGAAGUAAUUGAAUGUGAUGAAGAAUUGUCUGCUCCUUUGGACGCCUUCAUCACCUUCUCCUCAGUCUUCACACUCCCUCCAUUCAGUUAUCAGGCCAAUGCCACCUACAGCUGUGAAGUGGGAUUCAGAUUGUCCAGUGGAAACAGAGUGAGGACAUGUAUUGGCUCAACAGAAGGACCUGGAGAAUGGAGUGGAACUGCUCCAACUUGUGAAGGUAUUUAUUGCAAUCGGCUCUCAGUCGGAAAUGGAUCAUUAGGCUAUUCCCCUGAUGCUGAAGCGUUUCCAUUUGAGUUUAGCACUGUGGCCAUGUACUAUUGUGAUGACGGGUAUUAUCUGGUGGGUAAUAGAGUCAGGACAUGUGGUGGAGAGGGGUACACACUUGAUAGUGGACUGUGGAAUGGGACUGAAUCUGACUGCCUAGCAAUUACUUGCUCCUAUGUUACUGCUCCCUCCAAUGGAUCAAUCACAUACAAUACCCUCACGACAACUUCCUUUGAAUACGAAACAACUGUGACAUACAGCUGUGAUUCUGGUUACGGACUCCUGGGUGGGGACAGAGUGAGGACUUGCGUCGGCUCUAGUCAAGGGCCUGGAGAAUGGAGUGGAACUGCUCCAAUUUGCGACAGCCAUAUGUGUGACUCUCCUCCUACUCUUGAGAAUGGUAGUAUUGCUUUCUCUUUCAACCGGACCAUGCCGUAUGCAUUCGGUACCGAGGUCACCUACACCUGUGAUACUGGUUUUGCACUGAUCGGAGGGGAGCCAACAAGAACGUGUGAUGGUGAUAACACUAGUCCCAUUGGAUACUGGACUGGCCCUAAUCCUGUCUGCACAUUGAUUCAAUGCUUUGCUCUUGCUGAAAUCAUGAAUGGAGAUAUUGAGUACAAUGCUAACAGCACCUCCUCGUUUGUCUAUGGCACUAUGGCGACCUACUCUUGCCGUGAGGGAUUUUUUCGAGAGGGUGUUGGGAGGAGAGUGUGUCGUGAGAAUGGAGGCAGUGAUAAUGGACAGUGGGAAGGCACAGACCCUGUCUGCUCUCCUAUCUACUGCAUGUCCCUGGGUCAAAUUGAGAAUGUCUUAACGCUGUACAGUCCAGACACAACAGAGCCAUAUGACUACGGAACAGUGGCCACUCAUUACUGCAACGAUGGGUUCUAUUUAAUUGGAGAAACGAUGCAGUAUUGCAGCGACAACUCGACUGGUGUGAUAGGUGACUGGAAUGGCUCUUAUCCUGUGUGUGCUGCUAUUUUCUGUUCAAGUCUGCCUGCUCCUACCAACGGCUCGGUUGUUUUAUCCUCCGAUGCUACUUCUUCGUUCAGUUACCUCACCAAUGCCACCUACAGCUGUGAAGUUGGACUAGGACUAACAGGAGGGGACCCAGUUCGAGUUUGUGGGGGGAAUUUUACUGCCGAGUGGGCUGGAGCUGCCCCUGCUUGUGAAGCCAUAAUGUGUCCUAAUCUGACGGCUCCUGUGUUUGGAUUCGUCAACUUCACCACUGAUCAAACAGCCCCACAUGAACUAGGCACCAAUGCUACCUACACCUGUAAAGGGGGCUAUCGGUUGAAUAUUUCUGAUGAGGAUUUUUAUGUUCGAACUUGUUUCGGAAACUAUUCUAGCUCUGUGGGCAGUUGGAGUGGAUUUGAAUCAACUUGCAUAAGAAGUUUUGUAUACAAUCCUCGUGACUGGUUGAUUAUAGUCUACACCAUCCUUGUGGUUUGUCUGCUCCUGCUGAUCUGUUCCAUCAUCAUCAUUGCAAGCUACACUUCGGGGUACAAAAAAAGAAAGCACCAUCAGAAAAGUCUACCAAUUGCACAACCGUAUGCUGAAAACAUGAUGUACGACAACCCAGUGUAUAACGGUGCACCGUUACACCAUUUUGAGCCGGAAUCCAGCAUAGAAAAACCACCACUGGAUGAUGGUGUAUACUCGACACUCAUGGAGUCAAGCAUAAAGAAAGAACCAAUCAAAAAUGGUUCUUGUGAUACACCCCCAGAUUAUGAAACUAUGCUGUCUGCAGCUGGAAAUGAUGAAGACCAUUACGAUACUCUUCAACAUGCAACUGGAGAUGACGAAGACCAUUAUGAAACUAUGCAACCUGUAAUGUAACUAGUGACAAAUGGACAGACAGUGUUCUUAGCUAAUUAUGUAGAAAAAGUUUCCCUACCCCGCGGCGGUUACUGUUGUAUUGGUAAAAAUCGUUAAAGAAUUUUUAGUAAUGUUAA